ACUUUGGCACAGUACCUCAGUAAGUGCCAAACAUUUAUCCCGGAAGAUAUUGUGAUUGAUCUAAUGACUCAGAUGCUAUCUGCAGUUUCCUAUUUACACAGCAAUAACGUUCUACACAGAGAUCUCAAAACCGCGAAUGUGUUCUUGAUGAAAGAUGGAUUUGUGAAGAUUGGAGAUUUUGGAAUUAGCAAGCUCAUGAGCACAGAAACCUUGGCUCAGGGAGCAAAAACUGUAGUGGGCACACCGUAUUACAUCAGCCCCGAAAUGGUAAGAUCUUUACUCUUUACAACUGAUUGGGGCAUGACCGAAUCAUAG